GGCUGCUGCUCAUCAAAAAUCUCCAAAGAAAACCGCACAAUAUUUCAAGAAACAAACAGACAAAGAAAGAAAAAACUAUUAAAACGUCACAUAAUUGUCUGUUCUAUAAUUGAAUCCAUCAUAUCAUUGAGCAAACAACUCUGUUAUAAUAGCCAAUCCUCUCUAUUCUUCCAUAAACAACCCAUAAUUUUACGAGCAUGGAGUCUCGAGAUGAGCUUCACGAAUCCAUUUUACACUCAAUUCCUGAACAUGAACAUCACCAUGAAGUCGAUUCAAGGCUCGAAAAGAUACUAAACGACGCGGAAUUGGCGUAUUUCGAGCGACUCAGAUUAGCAUCAGCGGUUGAACUGAAGCUGCUCUUUCGCCUGGCUGGACCGGCAGUUUUUGUUUACAUGAUCAACAAUUUUAUGUCGCUAUCCACCAGAAUUUUCUCCGGUCACCUUGGUAAUAUUGAACUUGCUGCUGCUGCUCUUGGCAAUAGUGGCAUCCAACUCUUCGCCUAUGGCCUCAUGUUAGGAAUGGGAAGUGCAGUAGAAACACUAUGUGGCCAAGCCUACGGAGCACAUAGAAACGAAAUGCUUGGCAUAUACUUACAAAGAGCAACUGUUGUGCUGACUCUAACCGGCAUCCCAAUGACACUCAUCUUUCUCCUGUCCAAACAAAUCCUUCUUUUACUGGGCGAACCAGCCGCAGUUGCAUCAGCAGCUGCGGUAUUCGUUUACGGAUUAAUUCCUCAAAUUUUCGCAUACGCGGUAAACUUCCCGAUACAAAAAUUUCUCCAAGCGCAAAGUAUUGUCAACCCGAGCGCUAUGAUAUCAGCAGCAACUCUCGGGGUACACUUAUUGCUGAGUUGGUUAGCUGUUUACAAAGCGGGUUUGGGGCUGAUUGGUGCGUCGCUAGUGCUGAGCUUGUCGUGGUGGAUAGUUGUGGCUGCACAGUUUGUUUAUAUAGUGAAGAGUGAUCGGUGUAAGCAGACAUGGAGUGGUUUUAGUUGGCAGGCGUUUUCAGGGCUUUGGGAGUUUUUGAAAUUGUCGGCAGGUUCUGCUGUAAUGUUGUGUUUGGAGGCCUGGUAUUUUCAGAUUCUGAUGUUGAUUUCUGGCCUACUUGAAAAUCCUGAGAUUGCUUUGGAUUCGCUUGCUGUCUGCAUGGCUAUAAUGGGAUUAUUGUUCAUGGUCUCAGUUGGUUUCAACGCUGCUGCAAGCGUGAGAGUAAGCAACGAAUUAGGAGCUGGAAACCCAAAAUCAGCAGCAUUUUCAGUAGUGAUGGUAAAUCUGGUUUCCUUCAUAAUAUCAGUGAUCGAAGCUGUAAUUGUCCUUUCUCUACGCCACGUCAUCAGCUAUGCAUUCACUGAAGGAGAAAUUGUAGCCAAUGCUGUCUCAGAACUCUGUCCAUUACUGGCCAUUUCCCUCGUACUUAAUGGGAUUCAACCAGUAUUAUCAGGAGUUGCUGUGGGGUGUGGAUGGCAAACGUUUGUUGCAUAUGUUAAUGUAGGAUGCUACUAUGUUGUUGGAAUUCCGUUAGGUUGUGUUCUCGGCUUUAAGUUCGGUUUCGGUGUACAGGGAAUAUGGUCUGGGAUGAUUGGAGGUACUUUGUUGCAAACCCUAAUAUUGCUAUGGGUCACAUUUCGCACCGACUGGAAUAAAGAGGUAGAAAAGGCAAGGAUGCGUUUGGACAAAUGGGGAGGCAAAUGAAGCUAUUCCAUGAUUUUGACAUUUAUGAAUUUUUUUAUUAAUAACUAAAUGCUAUAAUAUUUGAUCAAAAAAAUAAAACUUAAUGCUAA